CGAUAAGCCAUUGGAUAAAUGUAAUUAGAAGAGAAAUUGCCAUCUAAGAGCGCUUGGGGGUCUCUGAACUAGCCGACGCAGUUUGCGUCAUGGAUAAUAUUUACUCUUUUUAUAGAUAAACGGUGCACCAAAGAUCGAAAAGGGCGCAUGGCCAUCGUCAAAAGGGUUGAUCAAUCGAGCUGAAGAGGGGAAAGUCCCUCAAAGAAGAAUUUACAUAGAAAAACUUUGUAAAAGUAACGUUAUUGAAUUUCAAAUACACAAGCAGCGCAGAGGAACCACGAAUUUUGUUCAUCGGGGAAAAAAAAACCCUUUAAUUGGUGAUCAGAUUCUUCGAGUAGUAGAAAGUAUACUGCCCCUAAUUUUCACUGUACUGAUUGCGAAAUCUGCCGCUGAAGUGAAGCCAAGCUCUGUGUUUUCUCCCUUUAUCUUAAUUUUCUUUUUUAUUGUUUUCGAGAACCUUUUUGUUCUUCCGGGUUACUUAUGGCAUCGCCAUCUAGUUCCAAAUCCGAGCCAGCUAUAAUCGAGCAAGUUAUCACUGAAUUCUUUGCUAAAAGCGUCCACAUCAUUCUCGAAUCGAGGUCUCCAUAUGUUUCUUCCCGGAACUACUGUGCUGACCCUUUCAUAUCAUCCCCUUCUUCCUCCUCGUCUUCAUUGAGCUUUAGACCAAGAGAUAAAUGGUUUAAUUUGGCCCUGAGAGACUGCCCAGCUGCAUUAGAGAAUUUUGACUUAUGGCGGCAGAGCAACCUUGAGCCAUUGGUUGUUGACGUAAUCUUGAUUGAUAGGAAAUCAAUUCGGAAUGUGAGUUUUCCUUCUCCAAGUGGGUUCCUUGUGCGGAACCUCUCUUCAGGUCGAGAUGAACUUGUAAGUGAAAAUAGAAGUGAAAAGAUUGUGGAGAGGUGGAUUGUGCGAUAUGAAAGUCAAAGUAGCAGUUGGCUCACUAGGGAAUCUUCUCAUCAAGGAAGAAAGAAAGGAAGCAGGGCUACCUCCCACUCAUCUGAAUUCCAGUUCAUGUACAAGAAAGCUUACAGGAGGAUCAUAGUCUUACUCAGGUCUCUGUAUGCUGUUGUUAGGCUUUUACCCACUUACAAGCUCUUCAGAGAUCUCAAUGCCUCUGGUCAGAUCCACCCACUGAGCCUUUCUCACAGGAUUUUAUCUGUUGUGCAUCCUUUUAAUCGUGAGGAGGAUGCUGAGAUUAAUCAACUUGGUCUUGGGCCGCUUGACACUUUUUUCGGAAAGUUGUCCCUUUCUGUCACGUAUUUGAAGAAAAUUGAAGUUAUGGGCUCGGAACCUUCCACUCCCAUGUCUACUCAAUUUAUUAUGGAUUAUGUUGGGAGCCCUCUGGCUGAUCCUCUUAAGAGGUUCCAAUCACUUCCUUAUAGUGGAUCAGCACCUUCAUGCACUUCAUUAAACAGAAGGCAUAGUUGGAGCAAUGAUCAUGGAGAAACUCCUUCCUUUUCUCUUACUCCAUCACCUACAUAUUCUGAUUCUCGAGCUUUGGAUUGUAAUUUGAACCCCAAUCUCCGGCCUCCCAAUCAUUUGCUUGACACCUCUUCAUCACCACACCGUUUACUGAAAGGUUCAUAUGCAGCCUAUACCAAAAAUUUUGAUGAGUACAAGCCAUCACCACCAUUUUCCCCAUCAUUUUCCCCAUCCCCUCCAUCCCAUUUGUCCAAAGCUCUUAUACGCUCAGAGAGUGCUCCAGUUAGUAUCCCCUUGCCAGGGCAAAAGGGACGUAAUGGAGGCCAAAUUCAAGGUCUGCCUCGACCUUAUUCUAGCAGCAAGAGGCAGGGGUGCCGUUCUCAAGCAGAUAGUUUUGGCACCGAACUUAGCUCAACAUCCACUCCUCAGACCCUUUCACCUGAAAAUAAGUUGCAACUAAAGAAAGAAUCAUUGAUGUUGAUGGAGUUGCAAACUGGCAUGUUGCCCCCCAAGAUUUUCUCUUCUGGAAAAGACCAUACUGGAAAUAUAUCCAUUUAUAAAGUUCCAUCUUACACUUCAUCACAUAUACCAUCUAGAAGCUCCAGCAGGUUAUCUUCUAUGGAUGACUUUGAUGAUUCUGGCUUUACCUACCCUUUUGCUGAAGAUGAUGAGGAGGUUACAAAUUCGUACAGGGUUGAAUCUGCUGAUUGCAAAGAUCAUGCUGGUGAAAAUCUGGGCCAAGGAGAGUUAAUUCCAAUCAAAAGAUCUCCUGAUGCAGCUGUGGGUGCUCUUGUUAGGAUGCUUAGGACUGCAUCACCUCUACAGCUUGAUAAUUCCAACACACUCAGAUCCAUGCAAGUUUUCGACGAUGAAAUUUCAAGCAAGAAAUUUCAGCAGGAAAAAGAAGAUAAUGAGAAAAAUGAUAUGAGGAAGGUUGAGAGUUCUUCCUGUUUGGAUAUUACAGCUUCAGAACUCUUAAAGUCGAGGACUGCUGCUGAUGCUUUAGAAGAAUUCCAAACUUAUAAGAAUAUGAGGGAAUUAAUACUUAAACAAGGUGGAUCCCUUGUUCAAGAAGUUGAAGAUGCAGCAAAAUCUAGUUCUGGAUAUCCAACAGAGGUCUAAUGAUGCCAUUUAUUGUGUAUAUAUGUACAUAAUCUUAUUUUACAUCAGACUUCCUUUAUCUUAUGUGUCUACGAUCUAAAUCAAACUAACUUUAUUCUAAAUGUGGCUUAAGGUUUCCAUGGCGCUUCCUUUUGUUUCCGAGUGCAAGUGGGCUGCUUAAGAAGUCAUGAUUUGAGGGGAAAAGUGUUAAAUGUAUAUUUUUGUUUGAUGAAAAUGAUAUGACUAGCCACUUAAUAUGGCUUUUUUCCAUUUGA